CAGUCAACCAUUUCAGAUCAGCAUCAUUCCUCGGACAACACUUACGGUUCACCUUUGAGCGGGUGUUCGGGAGUUGAUGGUGUGCUAAGCGAGAUGGCAAAUAAGUUGCUAGGCCCUGAAUCCGAUAUUGAUGACAGCAGCAGUUGCUCUUUUAAUGAUGUGGUCUCUGAACCUUCUUCCCUAACAAAGUGGAAUCGAGUAUUGGAAAUCGCGUCGAGCUUGGACGUGAAAGAGCUGCUCCUCGCCUGUGCUGAAGCAGUGUCGGAUGCUUAUUUCCCGGCCGCAGAAGUUCUGAUGAAUGUCCUAGAGCAAAAGGUAUCCAUUUCCGGGGAACCUAUGCAACGGUUGAGUGCGUAUAUGUUGGAAGGUAUUAGGGCAAGACUGUUUUCAUCAGGAAGUAUCAUAUACAAAAAGCUGAAGUGCAAAGAACCAACUAAUUCAGAAUUGUUAUCUUACAUGCAAGUCCUCUAUCACAUCUGCCCUUACUACAAAUUCGCUUACACGUCCGCCAAUGUCGUGAUCGAUGAAGCCAUGACGAACGAGAACAGAAUCCAUAUAAUUGAUUUUCAAAUUGCACAGGGAAGUCAAUGGAUGUUCCUUAUUCAGAGUCUUGCUCGUCGGCCUGGUGGACCCCCAUCCGUCCGCAUCACAGGUGUUGAUGAUUCCCAAUCAGCUCAUGCACGCGGAGGAGGACUUCAGCUAGUCGGUGAAAAGCUAGCAAAAGUCGCUGAAUCAUGUCGAGUGCCUUUUGAAUUCAAUGCUGCUGCAAUAUCGGGCUCUGAGGUUGAGCUAGAAAACCUUUAUAUUAGACAUGGAGAAGCCUUGGCAGUUAACUUUCCUUACAUUCUGCACCACAUGCCUGAUGAGAGUGUAAGCACUGUGAACCAUCGCGACCGCCUAUUAAGACUGGUUAAGAGCUUGUCCCCGAAAAUCGUUACCCUUGUUGAGCAAGAAUCUAACACCAACACUGCUGCUUUCAUUCCAAGAUUCCGUGAAACUCUGGACUACUAUACAGCAAUGUUCGAGUCAAUUGAUGCAGGUCGCCCGAGGGAUGAUAAGCAGCGGAUCAGUGCAGAGGAGCAUUGCGUGGCGCGAGAUGUGGUGAACAUAAUAGCAUGUGAGGGCGCCGAUAGAGUGGAAAGACAUGAACUUUUCGGCAAGUGGAGUAUGAGACUUAAGAUGGCUGGAUUUACGCCAUGCCCCUUGAGUCAAUCGGUUGGUGAAGCUAUCAACGACAUGUUGAAGGACUAUAGCUCGAAUUAUAGGAUUGCGGAGAACAAGGGCGCGCUUUAUCUUGGAUGGAAGAACAGAGCUUUAGCUACUACUUCUGCUUGGAGAUGAUGUUUUUGCAAUUUUUGUCUAAAGCUGUAAAUCAUUCCUCCAUGAUCUUGAGAUGUUACCUUUUCAGAAGGCUAGAACAGUGUAUUGUUAACCCAUUUUUAAUUUAAGAAAGAUAGGACAAUGAAAUAUUAGUCUUGUACAUGUCAA